AUGGAUAUUGCAUUGCAAAGAUCAUUACUCAAAAUAUCCAUGGGCUUAUCCGUUGGUGGUGUUGCAAAAAAACUACGUGAAUUAUUUUUUACAUUUGGUCCACCAAAACUAUUACAUUCGGAUAAUGGUGCCGAAUUCGUCGCCGAUGUCAUCACUGCAUUAAAAUUGUUAUUUCCUGAUAUGUGUUUUAUU